AUGUGGACAUUUUGGAUGAUGGGGGGCUUCAGCUGGUUGAAUUGAGCCCCAUGGACCCCUGGCUGGCUGACCCACGAGAGCCUCAGGAGCUUCAGGAAGGAGAAGUGAAGGUGACAUACAUGACCCACGCCUGCAUGGAGGUGCAGCUGGGCCAGAAGCGGUUCAUGUUCGACCCAUGGUUGAUAGGUCCUGCAUUCGCCCGAGGUUGGUGGCUUGUCCAUGAGCCUCCAACAGACUGCCUGGACCGGAUGUGUACAGCUGAUUUCAUCUACAUCAGCCACAUGCACUCGGACCACCUUAGUUACCCCACACUGAAGGUCCUCUCAGACAGGAGGCCAGAUGCCCCCAUUUUUGUAGGUGACACAUCAAGACCUGUCUUUUGGGCUUUGGAGCAAAGCCAAGUCAAGCUGACCAACAUCAACGUCGUCCCUUUUGGAGUCUGGCAAAACCUUGACGAGCACCUGAGAUUUAUGAUCCUGAUGGACGGCGUGCACCCUGAAAUGGACACCUGCAUCAUUCUGGAAUAUAAAGGUCACAUGAUCCUGAACACCGUUGACUGCACCAGGCCAAACGGGGGCAGGCUACCAGAGAAAGUGGAUCUAAUGAUGAGUGACUUUGCCGGGGGGGCGUCUGGAUUCCCCAUGACCUUCUGUGGCGGGAAAUACAACGACUCCUGGAAAGCAGGGUUCAUCAAGAAUGAAAGGAAUAAGCUUCUCAAUUACAAAGCUCAGCUGGUGAAGUCCUUGGAGCCCAGGAUCUACUGCCCGUUUGCUGGCUACUUUGUGGAGGCUCAUCCAUCAGACCGGUACAUCAAAGAUACCAAUGUAAAAAACAAGGCAGAGGAUCUAAACGCACUCAUCAAUAAGACCGCACCAGACAUCAAGACAUGGACGCCCAAGCCAGGCGCUGUGCUGGACCUCGGCCUUGCUCUCAAGGAUCCCACCAACAGUGCGGCCAUCACCAAUCCCCCAGCCAAUGCAAAAAUCUACAAGGACAGCUGGGACUUUGACUUGUAUGUGGAUGAACUGAACAGUGCCAUUGACAGUGAGAUAUUUAGACAUCGACGCUGGAUCCAGUUUUAUUACACCUGGGCAGGCUUUCAAAACUACAACCUUGUUGUGCGGAUGAUUGAGACAGACGAUGACUUUGAGCCCAUCGCUGAUGGCUACGACUACCUGGUGGACUUUAUGGAUCUGUCGUAUCCCGCCAAGAGGCCUGACAGAGAGCACGCCUACGUGGAGGUUAAAAAUAGAAUCGGGGUGAUGAGAUCAGUGGUGCUGUACGGCCGUCUCUGGGACGACCUGUACAUUGGCUUCCAGAACCGCAUUAGCCGAGACCCGGAUGUCUACCACCACAAGUUCUGGAACCACUUCCAGACAGAACUACCAUUUCGCAAGCCAGACUGGGACCAGUUCCUGCAGCAGGUUCCAGCAAUCGAAGAGCCAGAGACACAGAGUUCCUGUAAACUGUCAUGAACAUGCUUGUUUCACAUAUGAAGAUCAAGUAACUGAUUUUGUUGAGUUCACAACAACUGACAAUACAUGCCAUAUUAUUCCAACGUCCUUGAUUUUUUACUUUCCCAUCAAUAUUAAUUCAAUUAGUGGUAAACUUUUUCUUGGGUGAUAACACUAAUGGAGUUUAAAACUGAAAAAAAUGGCGCCAUCAAGUAUGCGUAAUGACAGACUGUUGUCAUAGAGACAGGAUGGACGCUUCAUGCAAACACUCCCGAGCGCACAGCCAGCGCUCUUCUGCCCUGAAAAAAAUGCUAGAUUGACACAGGGCCUCUCUCUAACCUCUCUCCAUUUUUCUAAAAGCAUCUCCAAUAUUGAUCCUAGUUUGAGCACGUUUCUGCUCGUGGAGCU